GAGGUGCCUCGCUAGUACCUUGCAAUCUGUGCGGCUACGGGUGCCGAAUCUCAGGGUUGUGCCAGAAGGGUCUUGUCCACUUUUUGUGGGACAAAUUUUCCACUUCCAGAUACUUGGAUCGGAACAUCACCAUCAAUAAUAUAAGUGCCUCAUCAUUAUCAUGAUUUAUUCAUAUCAAUUAGCUCUUACUGCCACGACGCUAGUUCCGUUAAAGGACGUAACGAGAACUAGCAAAUUACCGGGCUAGAAUUUUCUCUAUUUUACGUUUUCAAAUUGUCUUCCACUGACAUCGGCUGAAAAACCGGGGAUUCACCUUUGUUUUUUGACUCUUCUCAUCAUGACGACCUCGGACGCAGCGGAAUCCAAUGUGGACGAUACGUUUGGGGUCUUCUAUAUUGGCUUCAUAGUCUCCAUGAUAGGUUAUGGUUUCACUUUCUUUCAGACUUAUGUCUAUUUUUCUCGAUAUCCAAAGGACAUUUUCAUCAUGAAAGCAGCGGUGGCGUUCCUAUGUUUACUCAAUACUGCCUCAUCAGCUCUAAUUUCACAAACAGCUUACUAUUAUCUGGUGACGACGUUUCCUCUAGCAUCAGCGAUGGUAGAUGCGACAAGUGCGUUCUGCGCCGAAAACACCUUAGCGGCGGCUUUAAUUUUGAUUGUUCAAUUAUGUUACGCGUCCCGAGUGUGGAAAUUGAGUAAGAACGUAACAGUCACCUCCAUCAUUGCUAUCAUGUGUCUUGUUGGAUUUGCCCUUACUCUCGCCAUGACUGUGAUGAUGGUCCGCAAUGCUGGUUUCGUUCAUCUCGCAGCAUCACCGAACAAAGCAAUCGUUGCCGUCGGGCAGGCAACCGUGUUCUUUGGAGCGUUAAUCACUUUCAUCGCCCUCAAACUAUACUCCCAUGGUGCUCACUGGUCUGAAAAUAUACAGCCGGAUGAUUGGUUCAACAAAACGAUCGCUAUCUUCUUCUCACAGGGAUGCAGCGCGACAUUAGUACAGCUUGCCUAUUUCGUUGUUUUCGUCGCAACACCUACUCGUGUCAUCUGGAUUCCCUUCCAUUUAAUGUCUAGCAAGCUGUUCAUCAAUUGCCUAUUAUCAUUGUUGAACUCUCGGCAAGCGCACCAUGGUCAUGGCAUUAAUCAUGAGGACAGUUCAAUUAGCCAGCACAAGUCGACUAUCGGUGGUCCCGGAAAACCGGGUGUUCACUUCAAUGUCGCAGAUACCCAGCCUCCCAUCAACAUUGAAGUCUCUCGUACUGUUGAACAGGACGUCACUGUCAAUAAAAGCACAUUUGAUUCUGACGAGACGCACUUCGACAUACAUGAAAUAUCAAAAGAUGCGAAAGGUUACGCAGUGUAAAAUGUUAACGCAGGUCGGACUCCGUCUUAGGUGAAGUUGUAGAAUAUUAUUAUAUCCCUUUUGACCCUUUCAGCUUGGCUGGGGUGGAUUUGGGUGGCAGAGUGAAUUGCUUUGAAAUAUACGCUUCUAUUUUCCACAAAGAUCCUUAAAACCGUAUGUAUGUAGCUGCUCCCCAUAGAUUUAUAUCCAUUCAAUACUUUCCCUUGCCGUCUGCAAAAUUGUUCCCGACUUUGUUUAGUAGAAAGUCGCCAUAGACGACAGGCUUGUACUCCUUCUCGUCUGAAUUCGGCUUGCCGGCCUGAAUGCGCAGAGCCGCAGCAAGCGGUUUUACGUGCGCAUCGAAAUUGGGUUCGAAGAAGAA